CUCUUUGGCAAUUGGUAUGCGAAGAAGUUUAGCUAAAGCAAAAAUAGUCCGUACGAUCGCUCUCUCUCUCCACUUUUUAUAUCUGGAAGUACUCGCAAUUGCAAUCUCCAUAAACCCCUAAUUGCUUCUCGAUUUGUGUGUCAUGGCUUCCGGAUCAUCGAGUCGGGCCAACAAUCCGGGUUCUAAAGCCUUUGAUUUCGCGUCAGAUGAUAUUCUUUGCUCCUACGAUGACUUUGCCAAUCAGGACAACACUAAUGGAAAUCACUCUGAUCCAGUGACUGCUUCCAACUCCGCAAAGCAGGAAUUUCACAAAAACAGAAUGACAAGAACAGCUAUGUUUCCUGCUCCUGCUUAUAGUCCGCCUGAGGAAUCUUCAGUUCAUCAAGAUGUUGGUGCUAUUGUUGAGAAGACUGUGAAGAAAUAUGCUGACAAUCUGAUGCGUUUCCUUGAGGGAAUAAGUUCACGGCUGUCUCAGCUGGAAUUAUAUUGUUACAAUCUUGAUAAAUCCAUAGGAGAAAUGCAUUCUGAUUUGGUACGGGAUCAUGGAGAGGCAGAUACCAAGCUCAAGUCUCUUGAGAAGAAUCUCCAAGAGGUGCACAGGUCUGUUCAGAUUCUGAGAGAUAAGCAAGAACUUGUUGAAGCUCAGAAGGAACUGGCCAAGCUUCAGCUUGCACAGAAGGAUUCAUCAGGUAGCAAUUCCCAAGAGAACGAGGAGAGAACUAAACAGCCUCCAGAUACCAAAAGGGGUGAUAAUGAAGUACAUGAGCAGCAACUGGCACUUGCACUACCACAUCAGUUAACACCACAGGCUUCACAUACUACCCGACCUGUGGAGCAGCAGCAACAGCAACAGCAACCUGUCCAAGCUCCCGCACCAAUUCCAUCCCAAGGUGUCGCACAAUCACCGGGGUACUAUUUACCUCAACCUCAGAUGCCACAAGCACCUAAUCAAUUGUCUCAAAGUCAAUACAUGCCAUCUGACUCUCAGUACAGGACUUCACAAGCACAAGACUUUUCAAGGUUGCCACCACAACCUGUGCAAUCUCAAUUAAAUCAGACCCCACAAACUCAGGGAGUACCUCCAUAUCAGCAGCAGUGGGUGCCCCAGCUACCCCAGCAAGUUCUACAACCACAGCCACAACAGCAGCCACAGCCACAGCCACAGCCACCGUCUAUGCAACAGCAAGCUAGACCAUCAUCACCUGCUGUUUAUCCCUCUUAUCUGCCCAGUCAAUCAAACCCUACUCCAGAGAUGGUUCCUAGUACUGUUUCUAUGCAAGUGCCUUUUUCUGGGAUUUCUCAAACGGUUGCUAGCCGCCCUGAGGGAAUGCCUUAUGGGUAUGGGGGGCAUGGUAGGCCAGUUCAACCACAGGCUCCUGCUCAGCAUCUGAGGCCCACAUUUGGUGCAGCUGGUGAUGGGUAUGGAGUUGGUGGGUCCCACCCAUCACUUGCCCCAGGAAAUGCUUAUGUAAUGUAUGAUGGGGAAGGAGCAAGGACUCAUCCAACCCAACAACCUCACUUCUCACAUGGUGGUUAUCCUCCAUCCAGCUUUCCUAUGCAGAACCCACAGCCGGCUGCCAACACUAGUGUAAUGACUCGUCCGCCACAGAUGGUGCGCAACCAUCCCUACAAUGAAUUGAUUGAGAAACUGGUGAGUAUGGGUUACAGAGGUGAUCAUGUCAUUGCUGUGAUACAAAGACUGGAGGAGAGUGGUCAGACUGUUGAUUUCAAUGCCAUACUUGAUAGACUGAAUGGGCAUUCCUCUGGGGGCUCUCAGAGAGGAUGGUAAGGGUAAAUCACCACCGUAACCUGUCCAGUUGACAUUCUUCUUGGAGGAAUCGCUAAGAGGAUAGUUGAGACAUUCAACUAUCUCCCCACCCCCCACCCCUGAUAAGUGCGACAAUGGUUUUAAUCUACAUGACAAUGAAUAAAAUGUAGUAUGAAUAGCUUGGAAAUUUGGUAUAUAUAAGAUGAAGAGAUGCAGUGUAUUAUUUGGUCGUGGUCUCUUUCCUUGCUUUUUAUGUUGUUGUAAUGUUUAAACGCUUUGUUAUUAUUGGUGUGGGAUAUCAUCUUACAUGAUAUGCCAAGUUUGGAGUA